AUGGUUUCGGAUCAGCAUUUACGGUUGUUUAUACUCUGUUUUUGCCUUGUUAACACCGCGUUUAUAUCAGCCACUGAAGAUGAAAACAACGAGAGAAAGCCUUACAUUGUGUACAUGGGAGAAGCAACUGAGAAUUCUCAUGUUGAAGCCGCACAACACCAUCACAAUCUUCUAUUGACAGUGAUCGGAGACGAGAGCAAAACACGAGAAGUUAAGAUAUAUAGCUAUGGGAAGAACAUUAAUGGAUUCGUGGCAAGGCUUUACCCUCAUGAAGCAGAGAAGCUAUCACGCGUAGAUGGAGUUGUAUCGGUUUUCAAGAACACUCAAAGACAGCUUCACACGACAAGAUCAUGGGACUUUCUAGGGUUUGUUGAGUCUAAAUACAAAAGAAGUGUAGCAAUAGAGAGUAAUAUCAUUGUGGGAGUUCUUGACACAGGGAUCGAUGUAGACUCACCAAGCUUUGAUGACAAAGGAGUUGGCCCUCCUCCAGCUAAAUGGAAAGGAAAAUGUGUAACCGGAAACAACUUCACUCGUUGCAAUAAUAAAGUGAUAGGCGCAAAGUACUUCCACCUUGAUCAAGAGGGACUUCCUGAUGGCAAGGGAGACUCUCCCGCGGAUUACGACGGUCAUGGAACUCACACAUCUUCCACAAUUGCUGGCGUUUCAGUCUCCAGCGCUAGUCUCUUCGGAAUUGCUAAUGGAACGGCUCGUGGAGGUGUUCCUUCAGCUCGAAUAGCCACUUAUAAGGUGUGCUGGGAAUCAGGAUGUACAGACAUGGACAUGUUGGCGGCAUUCGACGAAGCUAUUUCUGAUGGGGUUGAUGUAAUAUCGAUUUCAAUCGGAGGAGCCUCGCUUCCGUUUUUCCAAGAUCCAAUUGCCAUUGGAGCGUUUCAUGCUAUGAAAAGAGGGAUCUUGACAAUGUGUUCUGCAGGCAAUAACGGGCCAGGUCUCUUCACAGUUUCCAACCUUGCUCCGUGGGUAAUGACUGUCGCUGCCAACUCACUCGAUCGGAAGUUUGAAACUGUUGUCAAACUCGGCAAUGGCCUCACCGCAUCUGAGGCUAUGGAGAGCCUANAGACACGUUAUGCUCUGUUUCAAAUAAAGGUGUGCUGGGAAUCAGGAUGUACAGACAUGGACAUGUUGGCGGCAUUCGACGAAGCUAUUUCUGAUGGGGUUGAUGUAAUAUCGAUUUCAAUCGGAGGAGCCUCGCUUCCGUUUUUCCAAGAUCCAAUUGCCAUUGGAGCGUUUCAUGCUAUGAAAAGAGGGAUCUUGACAAUGUGUUCUGCAGGCAAUAACGGGCCAGGUCUCUUCACAGUUUCCAACCUUGCUCCGUGGGUAAUGACUGUCGCUGCCAACUCACUCGAUCGGAAGUUUGAAACUGUUGUCAAACUCGGCAAUGGCCUCACCGCAUCUGUAAGUAAGAGUUCAAGAUCUCUUUUGCAGGGAAUCUCGUUAAAUGGAUUCUCUCCAAGAAAGACAAUGUAUCCAUUAACAAGCGGUUCGCUUGCGUCUAACUUAUCUGCAGGAGGCUAUGGAGAGCCUAGUACAUGUGAGUCCGGGACAUUAGGGGAGGAUAAAGUGAUGGGGAAGGUAGUUUACUGUGAAGCAGGACGUGAAGAAGGAGGCAGUGGAGGUCAUGGUCAAGACCAUGUAGUGAGAAGCUUAAAAGGAGCUGGUGUGAUCGUUCAACUUCUAGAACCGAGUGAUAUGGCGACUUCAACUCUCAUUGCUGGCUCUUAUGUCUUCUUUGAAGACGGUACAAAGAUCUCUGAAUACAUCAACUCCACCAAAAAUCCUCAAGCAGUUAUCUUCAAGACAAAAACAACCAAAAUGGUAGCUCCUUCAAUUGCUUCUUUCUCAGCAAGAGGACCUCAACGAAUCAGCCCCAACAUUCUCAAGCCUGACAUUUCAGCGCCGGGACUAAACAUUCUCGCGGCAUACUCGAAGCUAGCAUCUGUAACCGGUUAUUCAGACGACAAUAGAAAAACACUUUUCACCAUAAUGUCAGGAACAUCAAUGGCUUGUCCUCACGCAGCAGCUGCAGCAGCUUAUGUCAAAUCAUUUCAUCCUGAUUGGUCUCCAGCCGCAAUCAAAUCCGCCCUUAUGACUACAGGNACUCCAAUGAGGAUCAAAGGAGACGAAGCAGAAUUAAGUUACGGGUCGGGUCAAAUAAACCCGAGAAGAGCGAUUCACCCGGGGUUAGUCUACGAGAUCACUGAGGACGCAUACCUAAGAUUCCUCUGUAAAGAAGGGUAUAACAGCACAAGCAUCGGACUUUUAAUCCGCAAUAACAAGAACAACACGACGAAGACGGAAUACAGAUGCGAGAAUUACAAACGAGGGUUAGGAUCCGACGGGUUAAAUUACCCGUCAAUGCACAAGCAAGUGAGUUCCACGGAUACGAAAGUAUCAGAGGUUUUUUACAGAUCAGUGACGAACGUCGGAUACGGACCAUCGAACUACGUGGCUAAGGUUUGGGCACCGAAAGGUUUGAGAGUUGAGGUUGUGCCUAAGGCUAUGAGUUUCGAGAGGCCUGGAGAGAAGAAUAAUUUUAAGGUUAUGAUUGAUGGAGUUUGGGAUGAGACGAUGAGAGGGAUUGUGUCUGCUUCUGUGGAAUGGGAUGAUUCGAGAGGGCAUCUUGUGAGAAGUCCAAUUCUGUUGUUUCGAUCAGGUAACAAUUACAAUUAAGAAAGACAAGACCCUUUUUUUUAGAUCAUUGUUUGUCUUUUACAUUGUUAGUGUUAAUUCUUUUAAAGUCUAGUGUUGUUGAAACUUGAACUAAAUAGGUAAUAAUUU